CUUUGCUUGAAUCUUGCGGAACUUGUCAUCUGAUCUGCUCCAACGAUGGCUCUUCAUCAGCAUAUAUCAUUUCUCUUUCUGCUUUCAUUUGUCACUUUGUUAACGAUGAAUGGAAACACAAUGCAGGGUGAGGCGCGACACCUUAUGGAGAUAACCUUGCCUGAGUUUCAAAAGCCUGAAUUGCCGCCGCUUCCUCAUGUUCCAACACUACCAAAACCUGAGCUGCCACCAUUGCCCGAGCUUCCUAAGCCUGAAUUGCCUCAAGUCCCGACUUUGCCAAAGCCUGAGUUUCCGACUCUGCCAAAGCCAGAAGUCCCAAAACUGCCUGAAAUCCCGGCUUUACCCCAUCUUGCUGGCCUGCCUAAGCCCACAAUCCCAACCAUUCCAACCCUGCCAAAGGACUUGCACAUUCCUGGUGAGGCGCGACACCUUUUGGAGGUAACCUUGCCAGAGCUUCCUAAGCCUGAAUUGCCAUCGAUUCCUCUUGUUCCAACGCUACCAAAACCUAAGCUGCCACCAAUAUUGCCUGAGCUUCCGAAGCCUGAAUUGCCAAAGCCUGAGCUACCACCAUUGCCUCAUGUCCCGACUUUGCCAGAGCCUGUGUUGCCGACUCCACCAAAGCCAGAAGUCCCAAAACUUCCUGAAAUCCCGGCUUUACCCCAUCUUCCUGACCUUCCUAAGUCCACAAUCCCAACCAUUCCAGCUCUGCCCAAGGACUUGCCAACCUUGCCUGAGCUUCCUAAGCCUGAAUUGCCAAUGCUACCAAAGCCUGAGCUGCCACCGUUGCCUGAGCUUCCUAAGCCUGAAUUGCCAAAGCCUGAGCUACCAUCGUUGCCUCAUGUCCCGACUUUGCCAGAGCCUGAGUUGCCAACUCUGCAAAAGCCAGAAGUCCCUAAACUGCCUGAAAUCCCGGCUUUACCCCAUCUUUCUGACCUGCCUAAACCCACAAUCCCAACCAUUUCAACCCUGCCUAAGGACUUGCACAUUCGUUAAUUUCCUCUCCCCACCUCACUCAACCACUACUCCUUGGAUCAUGUUACUUAUUUUUCAUGAUAGGAGAGUAAACCUUUUUAUAGUUUUGGUAUUUUGUAAUGGUUGAUGUGUGUAUGGAAUAAGCCGAUACUCAUUCUAUUACUUUCUUCUAGAUAUAGGACACUGCUCAUGAGCGGUUAUGUUUGUGUUUGUAUUACAUAUAU